GGCGCGGGAGUGGGGUUGGAUCCAGGGCUGAGGCAGGCGUCCCCCUCCCUCCCGCCUCAGUGGAUUAUGCCCAGGGCGGCAGCAGCGGCGGUUGCGGGGGGGAAGUGACUGGGCGGUGCCGGCGCAGGAGACGAUGCCGUUUCCAGUCACAACGCAGGGAUCACAACCAACACAGCCGCCACAGAAGCACUAUGGCAUUACCUCUCCUAUCAGUUUAGCAGCCCCCAAGGAGACUGACUGCAUACUUACACAGAAACUGAUUGAGACUCUGAAACCUUUUGGGGUUUUUGAAGAGGAAGAGGAACUGCAGCGCAGGAUUUUAAUUUUGGGAAAAUUAAAUAACCUGGUAAAAGAGUGGAUACGAGAAAUCAGUGAAAGCAAGAAUCUCCCACAAUCUGUAAUUGAAAAUGUUGGAGGAAAAAUUUUUACAUUUGGAUCUUACAGAUUAGGAGUACACACAAAAGGUGCCGAUAUUGAUGCGUUGUGUGUUGCACCAAGACAUGUUGAUCGAAGUGACUUUUUCACCUCAUUCUAUGAUAAAUUGAAAUUACAGGAAGAAGUAAAAGAUUUAAGAGCUGUUGAAGAGGCGUUUGUACCAGUUAUCAAACUGUGUUUUGAUGGAAUAGAGAUUGAUAUUUUGUUUGCAAGAUUAGCACUGCAGACUAUUCCAGAAGAUUUGGACCUACGAGAUGACAGUCUGCUUAAAAAUUUAGAUAUAAGAUGCAUAAGAAGUCUUAAUGGUUGCAGGGUAACCGAUGAAAUUUUACAUCUAGUACCAAACAUUGACAACUUCAGGUUAACUCUGAGAGCUAUCAAACUGUGGGCCAAACGCCACAACAUCUAUUCCAAUAUAUUAGGUUUCCUCGGUGGUGUUUCCUGGGCUAUGCUAGUAGCAAGAACUUGCCAGCUUUAUCCAAAUGCAAUAGCAUCAACUCUUGUACAUAAAUUUUUCUUGGUAUUUUCUAAAUGGGAAUGGCCAAAUCCAGUGCUUUUGAAACAGCCCGAAGAAUGCAAUCUUAAUUUGCCUGUAUGGGACCCAAGGGUAAACCCCAGUGAUAGGUACCAUCUUAUGCCUAUAAUUACACCAGCAUACCCACAGCAGAACUCCACGUACAAUGUGUCCGUUUCAACACGGAUGGUCAUGGUUGAGGAGUUUAAACAAGGUCUUGCUAUCACAGAUGAAAUUUUGCUGAGUAAGGCAGAGUGGUCCAAACUUUUUGAAGCUCCAAACUUCUUUCAAAAGUACAAGUAUGUAUUUUAAGGCAUGUUGGACAUGUUGCUUUCUUAAAUGAUAAUUGUUUAAUAGUAGCAUAUAUGACAUCUUCUCUUGCUAAACUAAUGUAGCUUUGAAUUUUCCUUUAAACCUCUCAGAAUUUUCUGUCCUGUCAUAAAGGGUGUACUGUUUUAGUAAACCAUUUAUUAUUUACUUUUUCGUGGUAGUAUUUGCUUUCUACUAUUUUGCUGACUGAUCUAACCCAAUUCCUACUACAACUGUAGAAAUGUCAACUCUGUUGGCAUGUGUUAGUGACGACCAACACUCUUAAAAUCCAUAUACUUUGGCAAAUGGGUGAACUGUUAAAAUCUGUAGUCAGUAUCUUCUGUUGAGUAUUUUCAGCCAAUCUUGGAAAAUUAUUUAUCAAGAUUCUCUAUAAAUAGACAAAAGUAAAAAAAAAAAGGUCAAUAUAUAGUCAAUUAAAUGUUUCCAGUAGUGAAAAUACACUAUUCGCCUACCUUUUCCAAAACCCAGUGUUAAUAAAGCCCCUUCAAAUACUUCUGCAAAUACGUUUCUUGGGAUUUAAGUUGUGUGGUGUUUUUUAGU